CACCCUAAACGGCCGCAUCAAUUCCUUCCUCCCUGUGAAAGCUUCCACUUCCGCAGCAGCGGCCGGCGGCGGCGAGUCGAGGAGCCGGAGGGCGGCGCACGUGGGGGAGAGAUGGAGUACAGGAGAGCCAAGGACCAGGAGAGCGAUGGCAUAUCUCAGAAGGACGUAGAAAGCCUUGAUCUGAGGUCUCUGUCUCAUACUUCAGCAACAUCGAGUCUUAGCACUGCAGGAGGGCCAAAGGGAAAGAAUACUUGGAAGCUCAAGUCCAUUGUUACACUUGCAUUGACACUACUAACAAGUUCCCAGGCAAUAUUGAUUGUGUGGUCGAAAAGAGCUGGAAAGUAUGAAUAUAGUGUCACAACAGCAAAUUUUUCGGUGGAAUUUUUGAAAUGUCUAUUAUCGUUUCUAGCCUUGUACAGAACAUGGAACUGUCAAGGCAUUACCGAAGAUAAUAGGUUAACUACAUCAUUCGAUGAAGUUAGUGUUUACCCCAUUCCUGCUAUACUUUACAUGGUGAAGAACUUAUUGCAGUAUUAUAUCUUUGCAUAUGUGGAUGCACCAGCUUACCAGAUCCUGAAAAACCUGAAUAUUAUCAGCACCGGUAUCUUAUACCGUAUCAUUCUAAAGAAAAAGUUGAGUGAAAUUCAGUGGGCUGCAUUUAUUCUCUUAUGUGCUGGUUGCACUACUGCUCAGCUCAAUCCCUCGUCAGAUCAUGUUCUUCAGACCCCUAUUCAAGGUUGGAUGAUGGCAAUUGUGAUGGCUCUUUUAAGUGGUUUUGCUGGUGUAUAUACAGAAGCUAUUAUCAAGAAACGUCCUUCAAGAAAUAUUAACGUGCAGAAUUUUUGGCUAUACAUUUUUGGGAUGCUCUUCAACUUAGUUGCAAUUUGUGUUCAGGACUUUGAUGCUGUGAUUAAUAAAGGCUUUUUUCAUGGCUACUCAUCUAUUACAAUUCUGAUGAUUCUUAACCACGCGCUCAGUGGAAUUGCUGUAUCAAUGGUGAUGAAGUAUGCUGACAAUAUUGUCAAGGUGUAUUCUACUUCAGUUGCAAUGCUUCUUACAGCAAUCAUAUCCGUCUUCUUAUUCAGCUUCCAUCUAUCCCUUGCGUUCUUCCUUGGAUCCACGGUUGUUUCUGUCUCUGUGUAUCUGCACUCCGUUGGGAAACCUCAGCAGCAGAAAUAGAUAUCCUCCCCCCGCGCAGCAGAAAUAGUGUUUUGUUCAUCCGUGGUGGCACCAUCCAUGCUGCAUCCUGGAAUGAUUUGAGUAGCGAUGCAAGGCCGUUGCCUAAAAGAGAUGGGAUUCAUUCUUGAUCGUCAAUGUUCUGCGAUCAAGUUCUGAUGGAGUUAACUCUGAUACACCAACGUCGGCGUGGCCUUGAAGCACCGAAUUGACGCCAAACGUUGACAUGUGCAGCUUCAGUACUUCUAAACUGUAAGGCACGCAGCUCUUCUUCUAUGUGACCUGUAAGGCUGUAACGAAUAUAUUUUCAGCUCCCUUAGGUGUGGAGGGGACUUUCUUUUUGCGGGUAAGGGGACUAUUUUGGAACCUGUUUAACCACACCCAUUGUCCCAGCGGAGAAGGUACGGUGACAAGGGUUUUCUUCCUACCCUUCUUUGCCGUGUGUGCCAUAGAAAAUAUAAGCUUUUUUUUUCCAGCUUUA